CAAACCAUAAAUCUCCAUUAUCGGCCUUGCUGCUUCUUGCUUCCCCGCCAACCUUCCAUUUUGCUCAAGUCAAAGAGGUCAUCGAACAAGCUUAACCGGAUAGCUAUUCUAGAUAUAGCUUUGGUCAUUCCAAAAUCUUCUUCGCCCAGAACGGAAACUUCGGAUGAAAGUUCUUACACAACUCCAGCAGAAUUCGGCCAGCGUUUAUGGCCUGAUUUUUGCUGCUGCAUCGACACACGGGUUGUUUUCAUCGACCCUACAAUCGGCAAGGAUUUGGCCGAAUCCUUCGUCGAGAUUGCUGGUCAAGCUCGGGCCAGCGCAGAUGCAACAGUGCAAGCUAUUGAAAGCAGCCCCGACAACAGAAUUACACAGCCCUUACCCUUACUUACUCCCAACGAUCAACAAGCAUCCCAUUCAAACUACUCCGUGCUUGUAGUUGCACCUUUGACCACCUCCACAUUGGCCAGAAACUUCUUCCCACAGCCGUUGCAUUGGCACUGGAGCCGCCCAACACGGACCAUAAAUGCGCAUUUAGAAGAUUGGGAGCAGCGCUGGCAGCAAACCUCGUCUUUUCUUUCCGCUACCAUGGACUUCUCUCCCAAUCAAGGACCAUAUGAAAUUAGACAUGUCUUUGCGCCGGUUCCCAAUGGCAAGACCGUCGUUGUUAAGGUCCAAUUGGGGUGCAAUUUGAAUUUGCGGAAAUCUCUGAUUCUUUAG